UAUUUUAAAAUAUCGCUACAGUUGCACAUAUUUUUUACUACGCAGAGAUAUUUUUUAGAGAACUGUUAGAAAUUAUGCUUUUAAUAUAUGAAUGAUCAUAGCGAAAAGGUUUAAGUAGCUUUUUUAAAGGCGAUUUAACAAUGACAUUGGUAUACGUUUGAACAUCUACUAACUAAAUGCAUUCAUUUACAUUUGCAUAUUCGGAUUUAGAAAUGUUUUAGCAUAACGUCAAAUACAAAUGUAACUUUUGAAUAGUCGUGUUUCUUGCAUCUACAAGGAUUUUUAUUUAGGAAUUAGAAAAGAAAGUCUUGAGUAUAACAGAGGUAACAUGGACACACAGGAUUCAGUAACGCUCACGGGACUGACGGAGGAAGAAAUGAAGGCUGUACAAGAUAGCUGGACGAAACUGGCAUCUUCCUGGAAGAAAACAGGAGUAGAGUUCUUCAUCAGAUUAUUCCAGAAGUAUCCAGUAACCAAGACGUUUUUCAAAACAUUCAAUGGCAUGAGUAUUGAAGAAAUUCGAACAGCACCCAAGAUGCGGGCACAUGCAGCCAAUUUCAAACUGGGCAUGACAUCAUUUGUUGACAAUUUGGACGAUAUGGACUGCCUAAUUGUGUUAUUACAGAAAUUGACUGCCAAUCAUUUUAGACGACAAAUCAAGGCAGAACAAUUUCAGGACGCAUUUACGCUGUUUGUUGAACUCGCACGAGAGGUGAGCGACAUAAAUGAAUUUACAGCAAAUUCCUGGAAGAAGACCCUGAAUAUUGUUGCAAAAGUUAUAGCUGAACACAUGACCACUCUAGAGCAGAAGAUGGAUGGCGAAUGAACAAUGCUCGAAAAGGGACAUCACAACAAAGUCUGGACAAAUAUGCUUAACGACUUAAGAUUCACCAAACAAUAAAUGACUUUUUCAGUACACAUGUACUGCCAUCUUUUCAAUAAAAUGAUUAUCAUUUAGUUGUUAAAUAAAGUGUAUAUUCAAAUAUGUAUGUAUAAAAUUUCUUAAUGGGGUAUAUUAUACUAUUCUCAGGUCUGUAUUUUUGGAAUUUCUGUUAAAUCAAAUAUUUCCUUUUCUUAUGGUGAAUGAAAGAUUAGUAAAUGUAUGAUAUAAAUGUUGCUCAUGAAAUGUGACAUAUUUGAGUGCCAUUUCUGGAUAUCUUCAGGUGGAAGUUCUAAAUGUGUUGUAAGUUAGACCGACGUUGUUCUAACACAGUUAGAUCCUGCGACGAAAUAAAUACAAUACAUUUUACAUGGUAAAUAAUGUAUUCAAUUCUUUGACUGAUGAUUGAAUUAAAGGUUUUACAUGCCAGGGCUUUCUCAAUCCAAGGGAUAGCAAGGAAUCAGAAGCCGAGCUUUAGCAUGUUUCUUAUCACCUGGUUUACACAGCCAGACAUUAUAUAUCUAAUUCAUAGAAGUACAAUGCUUUACCAAUUCUCGAUAUUAUUAGGGAAAUCUUUCUUUAUAUAUGUGUUGUAACAAAAAGCUGACAUCCACAUUAAACUUUUUGUAAAAGCGA